AUGUGUGGAGGUACAUCAAAAUCAUCUAACAGUACAGGCAACCAGGCGCAGAAAUCAAGUCAUUGUUGCCCUACUUCACUAGUGAAUAGCUUUUCAACACCAAGAGUGGAUAAGGCAAUUAAAUCAGUUGUGGCAGAAAAGAGUUCCAAAUUUUCAAAGAGGUUUACUGGAGAACUAUCUAAAAGCUGGUCCUGUUCUGGGUUUGAUCUAAAUGAAAUCCGCUUGAUAGUGUAUCAAGAUUGUGAAAGACGGGGCAGACAAGUCUUGUUUGAUUCUACAGCUGUCCGAAAGACUGAUGAGAAACAGUUUCAGGAUACCUCUGGAAAAACAGAUGGUGGGUGCUGCCAAAGAAACAGUGGUAUUAACACAGCUUACCCCCAUAGCCCUUCGGUGAACAGCAGAGUACCUGGCAAGGAAGAUAUUCCUAAAUAUCAGUAUGUCAGGCCUGCUUCUGAUGUCAACAUGCUGGGUGAGAUGAUGUUUGGUUCAGUAGCAAUGAGUUACAAAGGCUCAACACUGAAAAUUCACUACAUACGCUCUCCUCCACAACUUAUGAUGAGUAAAGUGUUUUCUGCUAGAGUAGGCAGCUUCUUUGGAAGUACGAAUAGCUUGCAAGGUAGUUUUGAAUACAUCGGUCAAGAUCAAUCAAGGCUGAAUUUGCAUUCAAAUGGCUUGGGCCAGUGUCAGAAUGGAAGUACUCUAGCACACAGCACUCCUGUUGACAUGCCGAGUAGAGGUCAAAAUGAAGACAGAGACAGUGGCAUUGCUCGAUCAGCAUCUCUGAGUAGUCUUUUGAUGACUCCAUUACCAUCUCCUAGCUCCUCCUCUAGUUACCAGCGCCGCUGGCUUCGAAGUCAAACCACAAGCUUGGAAAAUGGCAUUACACCUACACCUAGAAGGUCAAUUGAAGAAACGUUCAGCAUGGCAGAUGAAAGCUGUGGCCUCAAUCCUGCACUGAUUCGAAGGAAGAAAAUUGCCAUCAGCAUCAUUUUCACCCUUCCUGAGAAAGAAGAGGCCCAGAGAAAUUUCCAGGAUUUCUUCUUCUCUCAUUUCCCCUUAUUUGAAUCACAUAUGGGCAAGCUGAAAAGGGCAAUUGAAAUGGCUAUGAUUACAUGUAGAAAAAUAACAGAAACAAACCAAAGAGUGCAAGUUUACAUUAGCCGUAUUAUGGAUGCACUGGAUGAAUUUAGAACUACAAUAUGGAAUUUAUACACAGUUCCAAGGAUUGCAGAACCUAUGUGGCUUACUAUGAUGGCCUGUGCUUCAGAAAAGGACCUGUUAUGCCAACACUUUCUCAAGGAAUUUGCUAUUUUGAUAGAACAGAGCAGCAAAAACCAGUUUUUUGCUGCUCUGUUAACAGCAGUGUUAACCUAUCACUUGGCCUGGGUCCCUACUGUGAUGCCAGUUGAUCAUCUCUCCAUCAGUGUUUUCUCUGAGAAACAUGCCUCACCAUCUGUGAACAUGCUGGCAAAAUCACAUCCGUACAAUCCACUUUGGGCACAACUUGGUGAUUUAUAUGGUGCUGUAGGUUCACCAGUCAGAAUGGCAAGGACAGUAAUUGUUGGAAAACGUAAGGAUUUUGUUCAGCGCAUUCUCUAUGUCCUUACUUAUUUCUUACGGUGCUCUGAGUUGCAAGAGAAUCAUCUGUUCUGGAAUGGGCAGCUUGGCAAAGGAGAGCAAGCUGUGAAUGGAAGGAAAAUCAUAAAGACUCUAGAAAAGGGAGAAGUUGAAGAAUCUGAUUAUGUAGUUGUCACAGUUCAAAAUGAACCUGCUCUUGUACCUCCUGUCCUGCCUCGAAAGAAUGGUGGUGGUGGUGCUGAUGUUGCUGCAGAACAUGAACGCUGCUUUGAAUCUGCCUGCUUCAAGGGCAAGCAUGAGAGGCUGAAUGCCAAGUGCAGUUCUGAAGCAUCCCCUUGCUUCUCCAGAGUUAGCUCCCCAAAAGGAAUUGUAGGGGAAAUUAAGAAAGGGAAAACUUCAGUUAAUUCAGAAACUGCAUGUGGAAGGCAUGGUUUAUUAGAGGAUUUAACUGCAAGAAUGAACGAGGACAAGCAGCACAGUGUUACAGGGCAGUUUUUUCAAAACCUGACAGCUGUUCCACAUUCCAAGAAGAUUGCCCAGGUGUAUUCUCAACUGGAGAAAGUUACCUUCCAAAUUGGAAGCUCCACCUCACCAGAAUCUGAUUCUGAAACCCAAAGAAUGGAAAUAAACAAAACUCUGGAGAAACGCAGAAGUAAAACUAAAUCUCUAUGUACUCUAUCAAGUCCAUUACAUAUAACAUCUAGGGUCUCACAAGAGAAAUCUGACUUCUGUCUUAAAACCUGCACUAGCCAGAAAGUUAGUGAAACACAAAUGUCAGGGGCACCUUGGCUGCUGUCAGUUCCACAAUCUGUCAUUCUUGACAGAAUGGUAAACCUGGGAAAACCAGAUCAAGUUUAUAAUACAAGCUGUGAAAACUUUGAGAGAAAUUCUCUUGACUAUGAUUCAGGAGGUUCUACUGAUGUACAGAGGUCUGGCCAAGCAGUUACCAAGAAAAUCCCCUGUGGGGAUGUCGAAAGCAAAUUCCAUUGUAGAACGGAGGAGAACAUUCCUAGAAACGAAAGUUCUGAUAGCGCUCUUGGGGACAGUGAUGAUGAAGGUUGCAUGUACAUUCCAGACGAGCAGUCAAUCACUGUUGUUAACUGUAGACCUGAAGAAUUUUUAGAAGUGGAACUUGCUUUGCCAAGAUUUUGCACAGUUAGUACUCAAAGCAUGAUACAUUUUGGAAGGUCACUUUUGGGGGGCUAUUGUACCUCUUAUAUGCCUGAUCUAGUGCUGCAUGGAAUAAGUUCUGAUGAACAACUUAAGCAACAUUUAUCAGCUGAGUUGAAUCACGCCAUAAAUCAUCCUGUACUAGAUGAAUCUAUAGCAGAAGCUGUUUACAUUAUAGCAGAUGCUGAUAAAUGGACAGUUCAGGUGGCUACUAGCCAGAAAAAGAUGACUGACAGUAUAAAACUAGGCAAAGAUGUCCUUGUCUCCAGCCUAGUAUCAUCUUUAUUGCAGUCUGUUUUACAACUUUACAAGCUUAAUCUUUCUGCUGACUUUUGUAUAAUGCACCUUGAGGAUCGCCUACAGGAAAUGUACCAUAAAAGCACAAUGCUAUCUAAAUAUUUGCGAGGACAAACAAGAGUUCAUGUGAAAGAGCUUGGAGUGGUAUUGGGGAUUGAAUCCAAUGACUUGCCACUGCUGGCUGCUAUAGCAAGUACUCAUUCACCAUAUGUAGCUCAAAUACUCCUCUAAGCUAAAGAUAAACUCUACUCUUCCAAAGAUUUGGGAGUGAAUAAAAGUCACAAAAGAAGAGAUUUUAUGACAGCAGUUCAUUAUGUCUCAUUUGGUUUCCUGCCUUUUAUGUGGAUAUUUAUCAGUGAAUUUUUAGUUUACAUGAUAUAAAAGAGAUUCGGGAUUUUUAUAUUGUUCAUGCAUCCUUGUAUUUUAAUGAAUUAAAGGAUUAAACAU